CCCAGCCUCUUUCGACUCGGCUGCCUUGUCGUCUCCAUUGAUGUGCAUCUCGUCUCACCCCUUCCCACUCCGCGCUGCUUUCUAGAAUUCCAGUCGCCCUUCUGUCCCCUCGCUGCUCCCCCCUCUCGUUCCGACUCCAUUGGGUUUCCCGCGGUUCCUGGAAUUGCAGGCUGCCUGGUCCAGCUUCUCGGCCCACCAUGUGGAACGACGAGGAUAACAACCCCUACGGCGCAUUCGAAGAGCAGGCGCAUCUCUCCGAAUCCCUCCACUCGGCAACUCUUGCCUCCCCUCUCUAUGACCGCGAGUACACCCCUCCGUCGCCUUCUAGCCGAGCGUCCACCCAGGACCCGCCCGAUUACUUGGAGCGACAACGUGAUUUCAGCGAUGACGACGAUAAUGACGAUGCCUACGGAACCCAGCAGCCGGGUCAGGGUUACCUCCGCAAGAGCGUGUACGAUAGCCGCAUAGAGCAGAUCUUGUAUGAGAAUCAGGACAUGCCCAUCCUCAUCACCGACGCCGGGAAGAACCACGAGAGCGGCGGGGGCUACAUCGUGUACACCAUACGGACCGGGGAUUUGGAAGUGCGCCGCCGGUACUCGGAAUUCGCUUCGCUGCGCCAGACCUUGGUGAAUCUCCAUCCCACCCUCGUCGUUCCGCCCAUCCCCGAGAAGCACACGAUGGCCGACUAUGCCGCAAAGCCCACCAAAGCCAAAGAAGACACGGCCAUCAUUGAACUCCGGAAGCGAAUGCUGGCCGUCUUUUUGAAUCGAUGUCGGACAAUGAAGGAGAUUCGCGAGGAUGGGGUGUGGUGGAGGUUUCUGGAUCCUAACGUGAGCUGGAACGAGGUUCUUCAUUCCCAUCCGGCAUCCUCGGUGCCAAAGAAUAAUCUCAAGGCCCCGCCACUCGAUCCUGCAAACCCGACGGCCGCACACGCUUGGCUGCCCAUUCCCUCUACUUCCUCGAAACUCAAGAACGCAUCUGGUCCAGCGUCGGCGGGCACGUCUCCUACCACCGAAGGACCCGGUCCCGAUGUUCUGGGUCGCUUCCCACCCGAAUCGCGCAAGUUGAGCGAAAAGGACCUUGACCCCUAUUUUGUGAACUUCGAAGCCUCCACCCGGGAACUGGAGUUGCUUCUUCAAGGCAACAUUGAGAAGGUGAACCGACGGACUUUGGCGCAUCUCUCUUCUCUAUCGGCGGAUCUCAUGGAGCUGGGGGCACGGUACAAUGGAUUCUCGUUGUCGGAACAGUCGCCCACUGUCGCCGCGGCCAUCGAGCGAGUCGGCCAGGCGGCGGACACGUCUUACAUCGAAACCGAGGAGCUGUCCUCUUCGUUGGGCGCCAACUUCGCGGAGCCCAUGAGAGAAAGUGCCCAGUUUGCCAGCGUCGUCCGGAGCGUUUUGCGAUACCGCGUUCUCAAGCGGGUACAGGAGGAGAUGACACGAGACGAGCUGGCGAAAAAGAGGACCCUCCUGGACUCCUUGGAGCGAAGUGAGAUGGAGGCCAAGCGCAUCGAGCAAUAUCUCAAUCGCUCAUCUCCCCACGGCGCAGGAACCAAACCUCAGCGAUCCUUGUCUACCUCGUCAGCCACCAGUGCUCCCGGCACCCAUGAGGGUGAGGCACAACCCCCCGGACCGGAGGAUACUGCUUCCAUUGAUUCGGACUUCCCUCCAACUCACGGCGAGUCGAUCGGAUCUCACCAGGCCGUUUCCCCGGCAUCCCCGCCGCGGAGGCCCGAAGUGGGACAGCCCUCACCAGCCCACCGCAAAACCGCCAGCGGAACCUUCAUGAGCAACAAGCUGUUUGGUCGCAUCAGCCAUGCCGUCCAUGGCUUUGUGGAUGUGGACCCGGAGCGAACCCGACGCGAUCAGAUCGGGAAAACUAGGGAGAGUUUAAUUCAGUUGGAGGAAGCCUUGAAAGUGUCCGAGAACGACGUCAAAGACGCCAGCACGGGGGUCUUGCAGGACUUGAAGCGGUUUCAGAAGGACAAGGAGACCGAUCUACGACGAUACAUGGUUUCCUACGCGCGCUGCCACCUUGACUGGGCCCGGAAAAAUCUCGAGACAUGGACGGAGGCCAAAGACGAGGUUGAUAAGAUCGUCGUUCGCUAGAUUCCACGGUGUUUUAAUAUGGGUUCCAAUUAGUUUCAUUUUCCUUCCACUCUUUCUCCCCUUCUAGAGACGUGGAGAUCGAGAACGCUGGGCGUUGGUUGGCAGGACUUUGCUCUCUUUGAUCACUAGGGCUGUCUCUAUGACUUAGGAAUCUAGCCCUCGGCUUCAAUGAC